AUGUCGACAGGAACGCACCCCAUCAAAAUAUCGGACAGUGGUCCAAAGAACCAAAUACCGAAGAGAGAGCAGCGGAGCGGUAUCAAAGAUGAUAUUCCGGAGAUUGGCUCAACCGCACCCAUCCCUUUGCAAAUUCUUGCGACAGAGGUAGCACGCGGAAAUAGAGAAGUAGCUCGCCAACCAGUAGCAAGACACAUUUUACCAUGGGAACGGGCAGACUGGGUCGAAAACGUCAGGUCUUGGAUGAUAGAACGGCUGGAAGAAGAGUGUAACGCCAAGUGCAGUGCAAGCUCUAUUGUGCCGGAGAUGUUAGUAGGCGGCGUGAGGAUGCGUGCAAAAACGAGCAAGGGAGAUUUCAUGGCUGUAGCAUACCCAGGGAGCGGUGGUGGUGCAGCGAAGAUAGGAGUUCUUGGGCGUGUGGUGCCGCGUUACAUCUUUAAGGUGGUGUGUAUGAGCGAAAACAAGGAAGCGGUAUUGAUGCGGGACCAUCUGGACCCCUUUCACUAUAAGGUAUCGGUUAAGGAAAUGGAGGCAGCAACCAAGGAUUAUGUGUGGAUGCAAAUGGGGACGAUCGGGAGGACAAGUGAACUUGUAGAAGGCGGGUUGAUGGAUUUGCGAUCGGAGGUACUACUAAGAAAGUUAGAUAACUUAGAGCAGUCGCUGAUGUUUCGGGAGAUGGCUCCUGAGACGAGAAGUGGUGUAGCUGGGGUUCUGUCUACCCUGUAUUCUUUAUUGGGUUGA